AUGACCUCCAGCAACGGAAUUGAGCAUGACAUGGGCGGCCCGGCUGGGGAGAGCGAGCCAUUUGAGGGCAAUACCAAUGAUGCUGUGCCUCGACCGAAGAGGAUCGCGUGCAUUUUGUGCCGCAAGAGGAAAUUAAAGUGCGACUCCAACAAACCGAGCUGCGGGACGUGUUCGCGCUUGAACCACCAUUGCGAAUACUCAGAAGAGCGGAAGAAGAGCGGUCCAAAACGAGGGUAUGUUAAACUGCUGGAAGCGCGUCUCAAGCAGGUUGAGAACUUGCUCGAGACAAGAGAUGCACCUUCUGAAAGCACUGCACGUGCGCCCGCACCCCCGGCGGCAGCGGAUGCCUUUGCACCUAUGCCGCCCUUGGACAUGGCCGACGUAGUCGACACUUCCAUGUCCGGGAUAAUGCCAGACAAUAACUUUACAGAUCCAACGCUGGUGGGCUUAUCUGAUUUUACCAUGAAUGCCAACGACGACUUCUCAUGGGAGAUGAUCGGGCUCGGUCUUGAGGAAGCGUUGCCCUCGCGGGAGGUGGUUGACGAGCUAAACGAGAUCUACUUUGAAAAGAUCCAUCCCUCUUUACCAAUGAUUCACAAAGCGCGGUUUCUGGCCUCCAUGGACCUCGCACCCCAUAUGCGCCCGGCUGUUUGCCUAAGAUAUAUCAUGUGGACUCACGCCUGUGCCAUCACGUCCAAAUAUUCCGCUUACACCGAGCACUUCUAUGCACGGGCUCGAAAAUAUGCCGAAAUGGAUGAGAUGAGAGGACAUGGCGAGGGCAUGAUUACUGUCGCCCACUCACAGUGUUGGACUUUACUGGCUUGCUAUGAGUUCCGAGUCAUGUACUUCCCACGAGCCUGGAUGAGUAUCGGGCGGGCUGCGAGGUUGGCUCAAAUGAUGGGUUUACAUCGACAGGAUCGUGUCGGUCUAGACGUGAAACAGACACUACCGCCUCCCCGCGAUUGGACAGACCGUGAGGAACGGCGGCGGACGUUCUGGAUGGCAUACUGCCAAGACAGAUAUGCUAGUAUUGGAACCGGGUGGCCGAUGGUCAUUGAUGAAAGAGACAUCCUCACCAAUCUGCCUGCCAGUGAGGAAGCGUUCGCCAAAUGUCAACCAGAACCGACGCUGCAACUGUCUGACAUCUUGAACGGAGACGGCGCGUCUUCUCUGUCCUCAUUCGGCGGCGUUAUUCUCAUGUCAACCAUAUUUGGGCGGAAUCUAACACAUCUGCAUCGGCCUUCGGACCAGGACAACGACCACGAUCUUAACGGCGCUUUUUGGAAACGACACCGGUCUUUGGAUAACAUCCUGCUCAACACGUCUCUAUCCUUACCUCCGGCACUUCGUCUUCCAGCAGGCCUCCACGAUGCGAACACUGUUUUCCUCAACAUGAAUAUACAUACAGCUACCAUUUGCUUGCAUCAAGCCGCCAUAUUCAAGGCGGACAAAAAUCGACUACCAGCUCAGAUAAGCGCCGAGUCAAAGCGGCGUUGUAUUGUCGCGGCGGACCAAAUCACCAACAUAAUGAAAAUGAUAUCUCACCUGGAUAUGUCUAGUAUGAACCCCUUCAUUGCGUUCUGUCUUUACGUGGCUUCACGUGUAUUCGUGCAAUACCUCAAAUCUCGACGGGAGGACACGGCAGUUAAAUCAUCGUUGCACUUUCUGCUUGCCGCGAUGCAAGUGUUGAAAACCAAGAAUCCGCUCACCGAGUCAUUCCUGGUGCAAUUGGACGUCGACCUGGAGGGCAGUGGGCUGGAUAUCCCGACCAAUUACUCGCGGUGGAAAUUUGGUCACCGUCCGCCGGGUGAAAUACCUGCCAACACGGAUAGCCUCAAAUGCUCGCCGUUGUUUGAGAUUCGCGAUGAUCAAAGCCGCAAUGUAGCCGAAAGCCUUCCCGGAACCGGGACUAAAGGGAUACAUUCGCCCUGGCCUACGGAUCCCAACGCUGCGACCGGGGCUAGCAGUUACCCCAGUCUGUAUGCAUUUGAGAACUCCAGCAAUAACGCUCAGAUAGGUCAGGAGAAUGGGUUUGGCUUCUCUAUACAGUCUGUCGGUACCGACACUUCCCCGGAUACCUCGAACCAAGACGGCUCGGGUUCAAGACAGCAUUCGAACCACCCGACCCCUUCGACCAGUUCGAAUCAAAACUCGUCGCAUACGUCCUAUACUUCGCCGCCAAACCAAUCUGGCAGCAGUAACCCCGCGAACAGCGCGCAAGGACAGUCCUCGCCGGGUUUCAUCUAUUCGAAUACCGCUUUCAACAUGAAUCCACCGGGUCAGCUACCGCUAGGCGUCUCGCCGCAGCAGUCCAACCUGAACUUCGGCUCUACUGGGGUGACUCCGGGUCCGACAGGCAUGACUCCCAUACCUGACGCGCUCUGGCCGGCAGAUGGCCUACCUGACGGGAACGAAUGGAUGUUUUCGUGGCCGGGGUCGACGCCACAGCCACAGUGA